GCUCCCGACAACCGCCAAGCCGCGAUGAGCAAUCUGGCACAGAGCGCCGAGGCAGAGCUCGCCAAGGUCCGCGCCGAGGGCGACUGGGUGCUCAUCAAGAUCGAGAUGGAGAAAAAAGCCAUGGAAGCCACGACGGCGGCCAUCGCAGAGGCGCAGGACGAGAUGAAGCGGCUGCGCGCAGCCAAGAGCAAGCAGCGCACCAAAAUCGCCCACCCGCGCCGUCGCAAGCAGCUCGCAGACUCUGAGCAGCGCCUCCAUCUCGCACUGCAAGGGAAGCGCCAGCACAUUGCGACCCUUCGCCUCGCGAUUGACGACGCGCGGCGCGCCAAGCUCGACGCCGCAGCCGCUUUGGCGACCGAAGCAGCAUGUGCCAGCGACUGGGAGGCCAAGAUCCAACGCACGCUCGCCGAUCUCGAGACGGCGCAAGCGAACGACGCGGCAGUUGCGGACGAGAUCAAGCGUCUCCAGGCGACGAUCGAUGCCAACGAGAUGGCGUUCCUCGCAGAAAAGCAGAAGCUUACCGCCGAGCUCCAGCAGCCGCUCGUCGAGCGCACACACAAGGCCUACCGCACCCAAAACCAUGAGUUGGAGUAUCGCAAGAAGAGCAACCUCUCGUGGCUCAAGGCGCGCAAGAAGGUCGACUUGGUCAAGCGCACCGAGUCCCUCGAGCGCAAGAAGGAGCUCCUCGACUAUGCGCUGAGCGCGACGCAGAAGCCAAACGUCGUCGCACUCGUCACCACGUUCUUGGCGCAGGAAGCCAAGAAGACUGCCGUCGCGACUACGCUCGCAGACCGCGCUUCCCGCCACGCCCAUGUACUCGCCACCAUGGCCGACGUCGAGACCGAGCUCGCCAAGCUGCAGCUCGUUCAAGUCCACGCCAACCCGUUUCGCGCCGACCUUGUCGCAGCGCUCGAGGCCUCGCAGGACCGCGCCAACGUCGUCGCCGCCGAGAGCGCCGCCGUCGACACCACGCUCCAGCAGCUGGAAGCGCCGAUCGCUGCGCUAUACGAACUCGCGUUCGAGACGACGCCGACCGAGAUCGCCCCGCAUCUGCUCGUGGGUCUCUUGGCGCGCGUCGAGGCGCGUGUCUCGGAGCAAGUGCUCUCGCGCGUCGCCCGCGCGUGCCAAGGCGUGGCCGACAGCAGUACGUGGCCGUCGCUGCCGCUCGUCGCGCGCUUCCUCGAGCUGCGAUGCGCCGCCGCAUAUACAUCGCCGCCGAUCGUCGUCCCGCCGUCCAUGAGGACGCAGCGGAAAACGUCCGGCGAGGACGACGACAAGUGGCCCGUCCACUCCAAAGCGCUUCUCGCUGCGCUCCACGCCAAGCGCAAUAAGCCGCAAUAAGAAGACGCAAGAACAAGACCAACGGAGGGUUAUCUCCUUGC